GUAACCAAGGCUACCUUUGUUAGAUCCAUAUAUUAAGUAAAUACAAACAGCAAUGUCCACCUGCAUAUGUUUGGGCCCCAAAAGAGCGGGGAAAACUCACCUUCUGAAAGCUUUGCAGGAUCCGGAAUCCAUCGACGAGACCACGUUUUCCAUGCCCACCAUUGGAACUGGGAUCUACCGAAUCCAUUUCCCAACCAAAUCGCCAAAUGGGGAUAAAAACAAGCCCCCUCCGAAAGAAGCUCCAGCUAACAUUCCGCACGGCGGUAAAAAUCUGCCCAAAUCCAUACAGAUCAUGGAAAUUGGAGGGAGUAUGGCCCCCUUGUGGAGGCAGUAUUUCGAAGACGUCAAGAAGCUGAUCUAUGUGGUGGACACCUCCAAUCUCUGUCAGAUUUCAGCCGCCGGCGUACUUUUCUAUUCAAUCCUCACCGAACCGCGUCUGCAGCACAAUACCAAGAUCCUGUUGGUCCUGGCCAAAAUGGAUUACUCCUACCGCCAGAUGCGAAACGAGGCUCUGCUCAUGCUGCAGAUGCAAAAGUUGCAGAAGCAGAUCCGCCAGCAGGUGACCAUCGUGGAGGCCAGCGCCGUCACCAAAGUGGGCUUAGACCCCAUCUACGAUUGGCUGCAGAGACCCUGAAUUUAAUCCCAAAUAUUUAUUUCUAAUCUGAUGUAUUUUGAUGUACACCUUUGGUAAUAAAAUUGUACGAGGGCACUGCCUAAUCUACCAGAAA